CCGCGUCUCUCAGGCCGCAGCUACUUAGUGCCGCGCCAUGGAGGCCCAGAGGGAGGAGGUCUGCGCCCUGGAGGCCGAGAUCGCGGCCCUGCGGCGGGCGUGCGAGGAGCCGCGGGCGGCGGGGGAAGACGCUGGGCUUGUGCAAAAAUCACUUCAAGAAAUAUAUCAAUCAGAUUCUGAAGGAUGGGCCUCUUCGAAAGAUCUGCGAAGUCAUCUUGAACAUUUAGAAUCAGAACUUCUUUUUCUAAGCACACUUACUGGUAUCAAUAUAAGAAAUUACUCUAUGAAGACAGAGGACUUAACAAGCACUGAGAAGACGGAAAAGAGUAUAAAGAAAGUUCUGCAGAAACACAGGUUAUCAGGAAAUUGCCACAUGAUUACAUUUCAACUUGAAUUUGAGAUUCUGGAAAUCCAGAAUAAGGAGAGUUUGUCUUCUGUUAUUACUGACCUCAACAUAAUAAUGGAGCCCAGCGAAUAUUCAGAAUUAAGUGAAUUUGUGUCUAGAGCAGAAGAAAGAAGAGAUCUAUUGAUGUUUUUCCGAAGCCUACGCUUUUUUGUGGAGUGGUGUGACUAUCGUAAGCGCACAUUUCAACACUUGAAGAAUGAACCUGCAGGGCCACCAGCCGGAUGGGGAAGCAGAGCACGAGCAGCCCCCAAAGCCCCUCCCCGCAGGGCCAAAGCCUGCCACCCCGCCACCACGGAGCAUGACUGUGCUGUGUCUGGGCAUCUCUCCACGUGGAACGUGGCCUUCUGUUCUGCGAGUGAGCCACAGUGUAUUCACCCAGGACUCUGUUCUGGGGCCUCCCGGGUUCUGGCGUUUGUAAAUAGUGCUGCUUCCCACAUGUCUCCCGGUGACGCAGGUACGGACUUAGAUUGGGUGGGACUGCAAAGCUCUGGGGAGACACAUUCAGCUUCAGGGGCAUUGCCUGCAACAUGGGAGGGCUAUCAUCACACCAUGUCCAGACCUGCCUUGUCACUUGUUUGCAGCCAUCCAGGUGUAUUGUGACGUCCCAGCACAGUUUUUGCUGCAUCUCCCUGGUGUUCAGGAAAUGAACUGUCCUUUAUCGGGACAUAGCCACGGUUUAGCAGAGUGUCCAGGGUUUUUAUUAGAACUCUCAACACAGGUGACCGAGGAUUGGGACAGAAACCUAACUCACACAGGCUGAGCAGAAAGGGAGUGAGUGGCUCCGGGAGCAAUAUGGGCUGGAAUGGCUCAAACGGUCCAAGAAAGGGUCACCCAAGCGUGAGGUCACACCGAGGUGGACGAUGAGCCCCCACAGGCACCUGCCAGGGCAGCAUACAACCUUGCACAGCCUGGAGGAGCUGCUUGUGACCCCCUAGUAUCUCUUUAGCCGAGGGGCCCUGCAGGCAAAGGCUCGGUCCACCUGUUAGUUGGUGCAGGUUGGACAUCGGCCGUUUGUGAGGAGCCCAUAGUCUGUGAGGAUGAUCUCCUGAGUGGGCAGGUCGGUGGCCCACAGCCACCCCCACGUGGGUCAAGCCAGGUCAUCAUGUAAGUGCGCAGGAAUGUGAAGCAUGUUUACAGGAGCUGCUUGAGCAGGAGAAAGCAAUUCAGGACAAGAAGGAAAAUCCUCUGCCCUCAUUUCCCCAAGAGAAACUCCGUGAUGAAAAUAGGGAUCAGCACACAUUCUUGGUCUGAAGAGACACCAAUAGGUCCAAGUGUUUUCCGUGUUCUCACGUGUUCUGAGUCUCUGGUCAAGCCCAAGGCCACAGGGCCUCCCCCCACCCUGCCCAGGCCGGCGGUGACAGUGCUGCUGGGUCAGCCACGGGGCCUGUGGACCUUGUUCUAGGACCAAAGAGCAACUGUGCUUCCCCCUUGGAGUGACAGAUGGGAGCCCCAUGUGAACCUUGCAGGACGGCGGCUGCCCUGUUGGGUUUUCCUCCCUCUCCCCCUCAUCUCAGCUGCCCCGUGGGAUCCAGGCUGGGAGUCCUGAGGCUGGAAAAGGAUG